GCGACUCCUCCUCCCUGCCUCGUCCUCCCCCUUUCCCCUCCGCGUCCAGGGCCCGGGCCACCCACCCAGCCGCGGAUCCGAGGCGCAGAUCCGAUCCGGCGAUGGCGUCCACGGCGGCGAGGCGGCUGCGGGAGCUGCAGGCGCAGACGGGAAACAAGACCUGCGUGGACUGCGCGCAGCGGAACCCGCAGUGGGCGAGCGUCUCCUACGGGGUGUUCAUGUGCCUCGAGUGCUCGGGCAAGCACCGCGGCCUCGGCGUGCACAUCAGCUUCGUGCGCUCCGUCACCAUGGACUCCUGGACCGAGGUGCAGCUCCGCAAGAUGGAGGCCGGCGGCAACGACCGCCUCAACGCCUUCCUCGCCGCGCGGGGCGUGCCCAAGGAGACGCCCCACGUCGCCAAGUACAACUCCAACGCCGCGGCCGCCUACCGCGACCGCAUCGUCGCGCUCGCCGAGGGCAGGCCGUGGACCGACCCGCCCGUAGUCAAGGAGACGCCCGGAUCUGGGGCGCCCGCCCCCGCCAGGAAGCCGCCCGUGCACACCUCCGCCGCCUCCGGAGGCGGCGGUGGCGGCGGCGCCGGCGGUUGGGACGACUGGGACGACGACUUCCGGCCGGACAUGAGGCGGAACCAAUCGGUUGGAUCAUUCGCCGCCGCGGGGACGCAGUCGGGGAGGCAGCCGCCGAGGUCCAAAUCGACGCAGGACAUGUACACUAGGCAGCAGCUGGAGGCGUCGGCGGCAAAUAAGGAGGAUUUCUUCGCCAGGAGGAUGGCGGAGAACGAGUCCAAGCCUGAGGGGAUCCCGCCAUCUCAGGGCGGCAAGUAUGUUGGGUUCGGAUCCAGCCCGGCGCCGUCGGCGAAUAGGAAUGGCGGUGCCGCCCAGGGCGAUGUCAUGCAGGUCGUCUCCCAGGGAUUUGGACGGCUUUCGCUAGUUGCAGCUUCUGCUGCCCAGUCUGCUGCCAGUGUUGUCCAAGUCGGCACAAAAGAAAUCCAAUCAAAGAUGAGGGAAGGGGGCUAUGACCAGAAGGUGAAUGAAACUGUCAGUGUUGUUGCCAAUAAAACUGCAGAGAUUGGAAGCAGGACCUGGGGGAUCAUGAGAGGAGUUAUGGCGUUGGCUACACAAAAGGUCGAGGAAUAUGCCAAGGACGGAGGAGUGGGUGGCUGGGGAGAUGAUUGGCAACGCAGUGAGCAGAGCAAUGAGCCUUACCAAAGGUUUGAGCACGAGACCAACGGCAAUGGUUGGAACUCUUCCCAAAAUUCUUCAUCCAAGAACUACAAUUCCAGUUCCUGGGACGAUUGGGAUGACCAAGGCAAGAAGGAGGAGCCUGCGAAACCGCACCAGAGCAGUGACUCCUGGGCCGGCUGGGACGACGGCAAGGAUGACAGUCCUAGUUUCAGCAGUCACAGCACCUCCAACAAGGGGAGCAACCAGAACGGGACCUCGGGCGGCUCGUAUUGGACAGAGGGUGGCUUCCGCUGAAGUCGAUCUCUUUCCAUAGAACUAUACUUUCAGAGUUGUUAUUAUAUGCCAGGAAACUUGAGCGUCCAGUGGUUGAUAUUAUUGGGGAUACUGAAACGGUUGGGUAAAAGGGUUUGUGUUUUUGUACGAUGUCUGCAACUGUUAUAUCUAGUGGUAUAUUUUUUGUGGUCAAGGCCCGUCCGAAACUGCCGUCCAAAUUACUAAGGAGUGCCGACUCGAAGAUGUAAUUUACGCAACUUCCUCGCAUAUUCUUUAUUGGUUCCAUUGGUUUUGUACCAGACAAGCUAGCCUUGCAGAAAUUUGC